CUUUCUUUUUCAUCUGCUUAAUUAAUAUUCCCUUAUGUAUUGCAGUGUCCUCCUGGAACUCCAGACAUUUUCAGCUGGGACGUGGAUAACAUCAGAGGAAGAGCUGAAAGGCUCAGAGGCUCUGCUGGAUUAUUCUGAGUGAUUCCAAAAAUACCCUCCAACAUGCCUGAAAACCCUGCUGCAGAUAAACAGCAGGUGCUGCAGAUCAUUGACCGUCUGCAAGCAAAACUGCGUGAGAAAAGAGAUGUCCAACAUAAUGAGAACCUGACUGUUCUGCGCAACACGCUCAGGAGCCCUUUGUUUAACCAGAUAUUGACCCUCCAGCAGUCCAUCAAGCAACUGAAAGAUCAACUCAAUUACAUGCCACCUGACCGGUCAGUAGAUUUUGAUUUUACUAAGAGAGGACUGCUGGUGUUUGCUGACAAAUCAGUUACUGCUGGAAACGUGAGUAAACAGAGCAGUUUACCAGAACCCAGAGCAUCUACCUUCAUUCCAAACUUGGGAGUUAAUGAAUUCAAUACAGUCAUCCAACAGAUGGCAAAGGGGAGACAAAUAGAAUCAAUAAAGAUUGAAAAGCCUUCUGUCGGAGGUCUUGGAUUUAGUGUUGUUACCCUUAAAAAUCACAACUCGGGAGAAGUUGGUAUCUUUGUCAAAGAAGUUCAGCCAGGAAGCGUAGCUGACAGGGAUCAAAGACUAAAGGAAAAUGACCACAUACUGGCCAUUAAUUGCACCCCAUUGGAUCAGAACAUUUCUCAUCAGCACGCUAUUGCACUCCUCCAGCAAUCCACAGGAUCUUUACAUCUGGUUGUUGCUAGGGAGCCAGUUCAAGGAAACAGCAGAACUUCGCCUGUCUCACUGAGUGAUACAAAUCCACCUGGGACUAUUCGUUGGGGCCACGUUGAAAACGUUGAGCUGAUUAACGAUGGCUCGGGAUUAGGCUUUGGAAUUGUAGGAGGAAAGCUGAGUGGUGUAGUUGUAAGAACCAUUGUUCCUGGAGGAUUAGCAGAUCGGGAUGGGAGGCUCCGGACUGGAGAUCACAUCUUACAGAUUGGAGGGACCAACGUGCAGGGAAUGAGCAGCGAGCAAGUCGCCCAAGUGCUGAGAAACUGUGGGAAUUCUGUUAGGAUGGUAGUUGCGAGAGACCCGAAGUGUGAAAUUACAGAGAGUCCACCAGCUCCUGUGAGCUGGCCAGUCAGUGCACUACCCUCAUUUCAAAAUGGAAAUGAUAAUACCAUUCUUUUUGAGACCCAUGAUGUUGAACUUAAAAAGAAUGGGCAAAGCCUGGGGAUAACAAUUGUUGGAUAUGCUGGUGCAUGCGAUGUAGCAGAAUCUUCAGGGAUUUUUGUGAAAAACAUAAUACCUGGUAGCGCUGCUGACCACAAUGGCCAAAUUCAUGUUCAUGACAAAAUUGUUGCUGUUGAUGGAGUUAAUAUACAAGAUUUUACCAACCAAGAAGUGGUAGAGACGCUGCGUAACACUGGGCAGGUUGUACGCCUCACCUUACUCAGGAGGAGGCCUUCUACUGUUUCUUCAGAAAGAUGUUCAGAUAAAGGAAGAGACCCAUUCCCUCCUGCAUAUGAUCUAAAGUCCAAGUGGGAAAACCUGCUGGGCCCUGAAUAUGAAGUUAUGGUUGUGAACGUGGAUAUGCCCAUUACAGAUGAUUCAGAACUGCAGAAGUACUCAAAGCUAUUACCCAUCCAUACUUUGAGAUUAGGAGUUGAGCUAGACUCGUUUGAUGGACAUCAUUACAUAUCAUCAAUUGCUUCUGAUGGUCCUGCUGCAACACUUGGUCUUCUGCAACUGGAGGAUGAACUUCUGGAGGUAAAUGGAGUUCAGCUGUAUGGAAAAUCACGCCGUGAGGCAAUCACUUUUCUAAAAGAAGUGCCACCUCCAUUUACAAUGGUUUGCUGUCGGCGACUUUUUGAUGAUGGCAGUGAGUCUCUUGUGGAUGAACCCCCUGUGAGAGUUCCAUCUCCAGAACAAAAGGUGAAACCUGAGGAAAACAUUAAUCCUGAGGAAGAAGAAGAAGGGGAAUUAGCGUUAUGGUCUCCUGAUGUGAAAAUUAUUGAACUGGAGAAAGACAAAAAUGGUUUAGGAUUCAGCAUUUUAGACUACCAGGUACACUUUUCUGUGCCACUAAAUAUUAAAAAUCCUUCAAUCUUUUUUUUUUUUAAAUAUGUUGCCUUAAAAUGUUUCGUGACGUAGAUUACUGGGUAAUCA